CGAUAAUUUGAGCACUACCGAAAAUGUAUGAAGUUUUUAUUAAUUAAUUAUAAUGGAAUCAAUUGUAUUGCAUUCGGAUAUCGCGCGUCUCGUGUUGGGUUACUUUGUAAAUAACAAUUUGAGGCGUGCGGCACUCACAUUAUGUCGCACCUCACCACACCUGCGUCAGGAGUUUAUUGCCUUGCGACAGGGUCUGCAACCGCACAACUUUCUAAAUGACGGCCUGGAGGACAUCAUACGAGAACACGUCAAAAUCACCAGCAUGGUGGCCAAUGCUGUAAAAAAGUUGCCCAACGACACUCGCCAACGCCUACAGCAGCUGAAGCUCUCCGAGCGAGUUGACGAGCUAUUAAAAUUGAAUAGGUCAACAACAACAUCAACAACAUGCAACAAGGAUAGUACCGCUUGUAUGCGAAAUACGAGUUCUAAUACACAACACACACGUAAGAGACGUCGCGUACGUGUCCAUUCAUUGCCAUUGGAUGAGCAGCAUGCGAACCCAGACUUACCAACACCCUCGGAGCGUUUUAACUGUAAACGUCCGCGGCUACUAGAUCCGCAUCUGUACUGCAGCAUUGGACGCACCGAUCACAUAGAUGAGGAGUACCAAUCGCUGGACAGCAGCACAACCAGCGACUUUAUGGGUGAACAGACAGAUGAUACCCUACAUUUUCGCCAUGGGCAUGGACCCAAAAAUAAUUCUACUCCUCGCACAGCUACUAGCGAAGAAUCUGAGCUAAUAAUGCCAAUGCCACAGACAAUGCCAGAAAUAACGCAAGCUAUCAUGACCAAUCACGAGUUCCAAAAUAAACUAUUGAGCAAUAUAAACACGGCUCUGCAAUCACUUACGGUACAUGCACCCACGGCAGAAUCUGUAAACUCAGAGGCGGUACUAGAUGGUCUGGUAAGAAAUAUAUUGGAGGCCACAGAGAAGGACCCAUCAUUUGAUCGCAUCAUUCAGGAAGUGGUAGGCAUGGAUACACCUGCGAAUGAGCCCAUACCCACAGCAGUAGAAGCACCAGUGCCAGUCGCAGCGGUUGCAGUUGAGCCUGCACCACCGCAAACACCACUUAUAAUUCGUACAGCAGUGGCAUCAGCGAAUGCGGCAGCGGCGUCUGUGAAUCCCAAUGGAGAUAUUAAUAUGGGGAAUGGUAGCAGUGGAAAUGCCAUAAUUCUAAAUGCAAACAAUUCGAUUGGCACGCUGAUUGAUCCCAAUUUCAGUAUAUCCAAACUCAUAGUGCUUAAUUCGAACGAGAGUGCACAAAAGCAGCAGCCGACAGGAAACCUCAGCUUUGGUAGCGAGAAUCUUAUAAACUUCGCUGAUGGUGGCUCUACUGUGGCAAAUCCGGACUCUGUUGCCAGUGACGCGGCUGUAAACGGCGGUCAGGUGUGCGUCGACGCAACCAAUGGCCAGCUAACUUUUCCUAUGUUUCUCUCGAAUGAAGGUCUGCUUUCGCAUUUGCCGUUUUUGGUGAACAACGAGUGGCUGGCGCAGCAGUUGCGGUCCGAUACAUUCACCAACAUGGACGUUUCUCAUAUUGAAAUACCACUGCCGGAACCAAUUACAGUCACUGCCAAUCAGCUGCCACCCAAUUCGAUAAUUAUCAAUAGCGCCGUGAAACAACCCCCAACGACAGAGGAGGAGCCGUCAAGGGAACCGCCGGCACCUCUAAUUGCCGAUCAAGCUAAGGCAGUGGCAGGAAAUACUAGUCUACUCGAGCGCUCUGCGAGCAAAGUGGCCAGCGCGAGUGCUGUGCCCGCCUCGUUAGACUCAUCGCGUCUGGCCCUGGAGCGCGUGACGCCUUCCACGUCAGGUAUUGUGAAUGUUAAAGCAUUUCGCAGUCUUUCCACACCUCGCAAGCGCACUUCGCAUGUACGAACGCUCAAUUUCUCGCCAAAAGGAAUCCCCCAUACGCAAGGCGUGACGCCGCUAUCCACGCGGCGUCUCCAGCAGAAGCAGCAGACUCUGCGACGAACGCAGCUCAAAACAUUGAAAGAGAAAAAGGCUGAAGAGUUGAUAGAAACAAGCGUACAACCGGAGAAGACAGUAAUUAUAAAAAAUGUGGAGGUUCUGCCAAGUUUUGGUACCACUCCCAGCGUCCCAUUAGCCACGAAUGCAUCUGAAGCUGUCGCAGCGCCAUCUGAAAAUGCUGCUUCAGUUGCAGCAAGAACACCUGCCGAUAUUAGUGGCAACGAAAGCAAUGGUUGCGUACCGCCGCUCUUUGUCAUGGAGGAAUGCAGCAACCAGACGGUGAUUAAGGCUGUCACGGCACCCAAGCAGUUGGCAACUAACUCAACGACAACGCCCAAGCGUAAGCAAGCGCGUCGUGCUGCGAACGCGGCCUGCAAACGCAUUAUUUCGCAGGCAGCAGUAGAGGACGAGCCAAACGACCAGCAGCAGGCGGAGAAGGAAAUUUCCAGCUCAUUGGAUGACAGCAAAGAGAAUAAACAGCUACCAACAACACAGCAUGUUCAGCUGGCUGAGCAAAAGACUGAACUGAAUAAAGAGAAAGAUGAUCUGUUGGCCGCCUGGCAGCGUCAGAUGAAUAGCACUAGCACCGACUUGGAGCUGCGCUUGCGCGAGAUCAACGCAAAACGCCAAGAAGUGCUCCAAAGCAAACCGCGUGUUCGUCGCCCUAGACCUGUAGCGGCCAACAAAAAGAAAGCCCUAGCCCUAUCGGUGUCCCUCAUGCCGCUCACUGCUAGGAAGAGAACCCAAAGGCAGAAAAAACAGUCACAGCAACAGUCGAGCAGUAACAAUGUUGAGAGCGAGUUUACCAUAAAGAUAAACACUCCACAGAAGCCACCAGUAAAACCGAAAGUUGUCAGCCAGGAUAUACACGAGCCGAAGGAAGUCGUAAGGGCCAAGAAGUCCAAAAAGAACAAAGAAGGCAAGCCAACUAAAGAACUUUUCAAGUCAAAGCAUGAGCAGAAGCUCGAGUCUGUGCAGCAAACACAACAACCUAUGAAGCAGCCAGCAGCUGGCAAAAUGAAUACAAAGGACAAGCCGGCAGAUUGUGAUAUGUCCAACAUGGCAGUUCUUUUGGAGACACCAUUUAAGGUGACACUAACAGAAGCUAAUGGUGACAUACCGGCGACGCCCGGACCAAUGUUGAUGGAUACGCCUUAUGCUAAACUGCUUCCAUCUGCAUCGUUUCUUUUUGGCAGCGAUACAAAGAGCAUACUGGAUACGCCCAUGUUGACAGCCAUUACGCCGGGCAUGCGUCUCACGACGCCCUUUGGCCAUGCGCUUAACACUCCGCACAGCAGCGCGGCGAAAACGGAUUACUCCGGUGGCAGCUCCUAUUAUCGCCCAGAUGAGGCCGAACAUACGGACACAAAUGCACAGUGCGCUCUGCCAUCCGUGUCCCCAAGAGGCCUUGUGGAGCAGGCACCCAAACAAUCGACAACUUGCAUUGAGCUACACGCUGAGCGGUUGCCCGUUGAGCCGACGAUGCUGCGUCGUGUGCGCUCUUUCGGUAGCGAGGCAGUGGAUAGCAUUGAGGGUGCCGCAGCCCUGUCUCGUAAUGGGGAGUCGACGUUAUUGGCAGAGACUCCGCACUAUAAACUGGUGGCAGGACUGCCUGACGCUGUCGUGGACCAUUCUAGCAGCAGCUCGAGUGGUAGUAGCUCAACCUCCUCCAGCAGCUCCAGUUCCUCAAGUAGUGGCAGCACCAGUAACAGCAGCCCCAAUACAUCCGCCUCAUCAGCACAAUGUGGUAGAUUGAUAAACGCUGUGACUCCUGCACGAACAAUAAAACUAUUGGAGCUAGAAAAUCUAUCUGAUAUUAGCAGCACUGAGGACGACGAGUGGCUAAAAGUAGCUGCUGCCUGCGGUUCAUUGGAUGCUCCACCGCUGGAUAUCGACAGCGAACCAGCUCAACUAGUUAGCCAGAAUGGCGAGGUGCGCUAUCCCUUGCGUAGUUGGCUGACACCAAGCAAAGAAGCUGCUACAGCAGCUACGGUUGCGACGAAUGCUGAUACAAGUGGUGACAUGGCUCCACCAUCUCCAUUGCCUGAGAGGAUAGUGUCGAACGUAAAAGCUGAGAGAAAAAUCAACUCGAAAGAGGAGUCUAUUGAGCAGCGCAUGAUGGAUUUAGCCGAGGUGCGUGAGCGCGUCAAAGCGAAGUUUAAGCAGCAGACAACGCCAAAAGGGCGACCCAGAAAAGUAAACAGAAAGCUGUCAGCGAUGCGCGAAACAGCCAAACUGGCGCAUCCCAAUUCAAGCCAUGGAUAUACAUCACCUAAAAAGGACAAUGCAAGUCGACCAGUAAAGAAGCAGGAGACACCAGCUAACAAAGCAGUGAAACCGAAGCUAGUCAAGUCAAGUGAAACAGUCCAAAUUAAAUUGGAAAAGCCGGAACCGUCUAGCAGUAAACUUGAUCCCGCGCUACUUGUUGCUCUAAAUCUUAGCGCCAAGAAACAGCAGCAACAGCAGCAGCCCAGGGCUGGACGUAUCGCUGUACAAAUUUCAGCUCAACCUGCUCCAUCGAUGACCACGGGUCAGCGCCGUGGUCGACCCCGGAAGCCACCAAAUAUGGAGCCGUCACGGUGCAGCAUGCGACGCUCCUCCCGACUGAUUGACAACAAAACUCCUGCGCCUGAAGAUCCACGGCAUUUCGUUAACGAGGAAGCUAGACCAGUGACGACAUCCAGCAAUACCAAAGUAACAAAAAAACCAGCUAAGAAACGAGCUGAGGCCCGCAUUGAGACUGCAAUGCCGCCACUAGCCACGCUGGCCGAAGCUCAGACAACGCAUCAGUCAACCGAACAGCUGCAGCCUUGGAGUCAUCCGCCUGAAUCGAGCACGGCUCCCGAUGCCAGUAGCGACUACGAUCUGGAUAUGUGCCUGAGCAGCAGUCAUGUGACCAACACGUAUAGCUUUGCCUAUGAGGACAACGGUAGCAAGCCGACGAAGCCUGUGCUCCGUCACCCGCCCGCGUUCUUCAAGAAUUUUCAAAUGCGCAUCAUGUUCGACAACGAAGUGCACAACGUACGCAUAACGAGUCCACAGCUGCUCCACCAGUCACUGGACGCCAGCACCGAGGACAAUGCAAGCCCCACUAGUAUACGUAAUAUACCCAAGAAGCGCAUCAUUCGCUUCACAAGCGUGGGUGGCGGCAGCCAGGAGCUGGCAGCGGCCCAUGAUAUGCCCAUGGCGUCAUCCACACCGAUGGCCACGAAUACACUUGGCGACGAGCACGAUGAUAACGACAUGGAAGUGGCUUCAAUGUAAGUGCAACCUUAAUUUAAUAUGAUAAUCGCGCUG